AUGACCCCGGGCAUCAAGGUGGACAAUGCCUACAAUAAGAAGGGCAUGUGGGGCAUUGACGUCGGGCCGCUGGGCCACCCCGAGGUCUCAACCGUUGGCCUCGACGGCCUCCAGAAGAGGUGCGCGGAGGCCUACGCGAAGGGAGCUCGGUUUGCCAAGUGGUGCAGCGUCCUCCAGCUCGACCCCGAGACGGGGCUGCCCAGCGACCUCGCCAUUGCUGACACGGUGCGCACCCUGGCGCGCUACGCUUCUAUCUGCCAGCGCGAGAAGCUGGUGCCGAUCGUUGGGCCAGAGAUUGUUCCCCAUGGCAAAGCACGACAUCGCAGAUUGUGCGAAGGUGACCGAGAGGAUGCUGGCCGCCCAGUUCAAGGCUCUCGCGGAUCACCUAUAUCUACCUGGAGGGCUGCCUCCUGA